AUGUUCCUGUUUGAGCUUCGUUGCGACUCCUUCCGCCUCUUCAACUCCAGCAGCUUGGUAUUCAGUGCUUCUCCUUGCGUCGAGCUACUUCCCAGUGUGAUCCGCUUGGAGAACGCCUGUCUGCCCUCUGGAGUUCCGUGCGGUUCUGCCACGUUUCCGGUUCCUGUGUGCUGUGCGGCGUUCCAGCCCUCCUCUUUGUGCGUGCGUGCAGUACAUACAGAGCCGUUCCUGUUUUCGUCUGACUCCAUCAACAUGAAGAGGACCGCAUCUGGGGUUCCUGCGUCAGCCGGCCAGCCCUCGACAUCGGAAGCCCUCCAGCCCUCGACAUCGGGAGCCCUCCAGCCCUCGACAUCGGGGCCAGCACAGGUAUGUGCACCGUCAUCAGGGAAUGGGUGUGCCUACUGUGGCAAAUUGUUUUCAGCUAGCCGCAGUGCUAGACGACAUGAGCGCAUCUGCACAGCUAAUCCCGACUGUACUACCACCAGCCAGUGCCAUACUUGCGGCAAGAUAGUUAGCCGCAAAGACAGCUUGACCCGCCAUAUGCGAACUUGUGGGGACACCGUCGAGCAAAGCUCGAGCUCGAGGUGUAAAUUCUGUGGUCAAGUAUUUGAUCAUUGUCGCCAUGCCAGACGCCACGAGCAGAGCCAGUGCCAAUUCAAUCCCAAGCGCAUAACAUUUACAUGCACUACAUGUCAGGGAGAAUUUACCCGCAAAGAUACGCUGUUUGUGCACAGCAAGACGUGCAAUGGUCUGGCUCCUAAGAGACGGCGCGUAGACACGACCUCUAGCCUGCAACAGCCCGGCCCCAGCACUCGUCCGCAAUACGAGGCGAGUGUGCCCGACCAGGCUCAGGCAGUCUUGGAGGCGCAAGCGCCUGACCAGGCACAAGUAGACUUGGAGGCAGGAGGUACCAGGUUCGUUGAGGUAGAGAGUGCGUUUCGCCGCAACUUGAAGACAUAUGUGGCGGAAAACAAUAAUGGUGUAACAAAGGAUAUUUGCACUUACAUGGCCCAUAUGAAGACUAACCUGAUAAAUCAGAUAUCACAUGAAGUGCAGGAAAAUGGUCCAGUAAAAUUCAACAUCUGGCUCGAGUGUGACUAUGUCAAGCCGGCCCCCUUUGAUGAAGGCGUGGACAAAAGAGCGUUCAAGACCAAAAAUAUCCCUAUUUACGAAGUGAGCGAUAUUGAAGAGGCCAUUGAUGAAAGUAUAUUGAAAAUAUGCAAGGAGGAGGAAGAUUAUGCCAGCAAGGGAUCUGGAUGGACCUUGUCUGCCGUGAAGCGACUCCAACUCCGCUUCAACAAACUAGUGCCUCUUAGAGUCUCUUCAUACAUUGAUCUGCCUGUCGCCAUCAAGAACAGGAAAGCAGUAACCAACCCCAAGAACCUCAGUGACAACAUGUGUUUCAAGUGGGCCAUACUGGCGCGGUACGUGGAGGGGAUCUUCGAGAGGAACAAUCCCGAUGUGUCCGUCAACGUCUACAACAUUGACGAGGACAACAAGAUCGCGCCAGAACCUAUACUCUACAGGGGUCCCGAUGCUGAGAAGAAGUUCGUGGAGACGAUUGUUGAAAUCGGGAAUAAGGUAAAAGACAUUUACGAGACCAGCCUGCCCAUGUCGAUGCUGACGGCACAAGAGUACGUCAGCUUCGUCGCAGCCUAUCAGUGCUGCUAUUGUAAUACGGUAUUAACGGUCGAUAAUUAUAAAGUCAAGGACCACGACCACUUCAGUGGAAAAUACCUCGGCGCCGCCUGCAACAGCUGCAACCUUCUGCGCAGGCGGCCCAAGAAACUGGUGGUUUACUUUCACAAUCUAGCCUACGAUGAGAAGUUCAUAAUAAAACAGCUGGGCUUCGACAACAAGGAAAUAUUCAUCAUCCCCCACACGCAAGAGAAGAUGGUAACAUUUUCAAAGAAGCUGGGCGACAAAUUUUCAGUGCAGUUUGUCGAUAGUUUUAGAUUCAUGGCUUACAGUUUGGCGUCCCUUGCGUCGUACCUGCCAGCCGACCAAUUCAAAGAGACCUCAAAGUAUUUUACAUCUGAAGAAAUGUCCCUCGUCACGAGAAAAGGUGUUUUCCCCUACGAUUAUGUUUCCAGCUGGGAAAAACUGGACGAGCCGCAACUGCCACCUAAAGAAGAAUUCUACAAUUUAUUAAAUGACAGCAACAUAAGUGAAGAAGAUUACCAUCAUGCAAAAGCGGUAUGGGACAAGUUCGGCUGCGUGACCCUGGGCGACUACAGUGAUGUGUAUCUCAAGACCGACGUACUGCUGCUCGCCGAUGUUUUUGAGAGCUUUCGUCAGCUGUGUCUGACAACGUAUGGCCUUGACUGCAGCCACUACGUUAGCGCGCCGGGGUUCACGUUCGACGCCAUGUUAAAGGAGACGCAGGUACGGCUGGAACUGAUGACCGAUUAUGAUAUGUAUAUGUUCAUAGAGGCUGGGAUCAGGGGCGGGGUCGCUCAAGUGGUGAAGCGACAUUGUAAGGUAAACAACACCUGCCUUCCCCGCACCUACGAUCCCAGCCGGCCGUCGAAUCAUAUAAUGUAUGUUGACGCCAACAAUUUAUAUGGGUGGGCCAUGUCGUUGCCUCUUCCGACCAACGGCUUCAAGUGGGUGGGCGCUGAUAUCGACGUGAUGUUGAUACCUGACAAGGGGCAGACGGGCUACAUCCUAGAAGUUGAUGUGGACUAUCCCAUUGGUCACCCCUGCUACUCGCCCACCAAUAAGAAGGUGGUGGGCAAGUUCAAGGAUGAGUGUAACGGGGUGGCGAUGGAGGAGUUUGUCGGCCUAAGGCUGGCGGGCGGGCGGGUGGUGGCUGGCGGCUGGCGGCUGGCAGCUGAUGUCUAG